AUGUCGUCGCCCGUCAAAAUGAAGACGAUCCACUCCGCCGCGCGCAACACCAAGCCCUGCGCCUGCACCUUGCCUUACAGCGAGCUGCCCGACUACACGACCUGGGGCGCCCUCACCACGCUCCUCGUCGGCGGCGGCGGCUGCGGCCCCGCGGACGACGCUUCUUCUUCUUCGCCCCCCACCCCGCUCGUCGUCCACACCGGCGUCCUCACCCACGCGUCCCCCGUCUUCCGCGCCGCCUUCGCCACCAACCCCUCCACCGGCCUCCCCAUCUGGCGCGAGGGCGCGACACUCACCUACGCCCUCCCCGAAGAAAACCCGGACGCCAUCGCCGUCUGCCUCAGCUGGCUAUACACGCGGCGCCUGUGGCCGCGUUCCGGCGAUCCGGAUCGCGUGCCAGAUCACCUGGUGCCGUUGGACUGGGAGACGCUGGUCGGCGCUGCGAUAUUCGCGGCUGUGUAUGAGAUGCAUGGCUUGCAUAAUGCGGUUGUCAGCGCGAUCGUCGACGCCGUGGUGCAGCGCUGGGGCGAUGGUGACAGGCCGACGCAUUUGAUUGCCGAGGUGUACGAGAGCGUGCCGGCUGGCAUGCCGCUGCGGACGCUGUUUCUGCACGUCGGCUUGUUGGAAGACCGGGAGUGGCUGCUCGCGCAGGGGCACGGCGACGACAAGCUGCUGCCCGAGGAGUUCUGGGCGGACGUCGCGAAGUACGACAAGCUCCUGCCGUAUCUGCGCCUGAACAAGGAGUGCGAGCGCAAGUGGGAGCACGAGAAGAUGGAGGAGUACCACAAGCCCGUCGCCGCCGACAUCAACGCGCUGACGACGAUUGGCAAAGGCUGCGGCGGCUACUACUAUUACCGCGACAUGCCCAACGCCUAUCCCCAACCGGCGGCCGGGGAGAGCGGUAAGAAGGCGCUCGGCGUGCUGGCGCUGCUCGAGACGAGGCGCGACUGGGAGCUCUUGUUCGUCUGCGACUACUUGCACGUCUUGAAUGAAGGCCCGGAGGAGCACGUGCGCCGCAAGAAGAAGGAGAAGGAGGAGUUGGACGCGUAUAGCAUGCGGCUGUCCAACGUCGCGCCGCCGAAGCACGAUAUCGUCAUCGAGGGCGAGUACGAUGAUAAUGGUUUGCGUAGGCUGGUCGGCAUUUGGCAGCAUGUGCGCAAUCUCCGUGCUAGGAAUCCUUGA